GGACUGCUUGGCUACCAUGAAUGUACGCAUAAGCAUUGCAGAAUGGAUGUGACAGAUUAGCACCACCAUUCACAAUGUUGAAAAUCAGCUUCUGUCGUGCCUCAUCGCUAUCCGGUUGCUUCUUUACUAUCCAUUCUACACUGUUUUAUCGCUCAAUUCAUGGAGGUCCAGCAAUAUCUGCUCAGUUUUUGAGAUAUCUUCCUCUGCUACGGGACUGGGUAUUCAAAAUAUCAAAAGUGCCAGCUCCAAAAAUGGGAGCUGUGGCUGCGAGCAUGCCGAACUCGACAGGCUCGCACUCGCGUGCUCGACGUUACACACAUAUCAACAUUACCUCUGUACUCGAAGCUAUCGCUUCUGCUAAAAUCGCCAUUGUUCACUCGGGAGAGGAGUCCAGUGUAAACGCUUGUCUCGGAGUUAUCAAGACUUGUGGAUACGCAGGGAAUGUAGAAGUUACUCGAUUACGAGUGAAUGAACCAGCUAAAGAUCGACUUCAACUCAUUACAUUGAGGAAUCAAUGGCCGCUUGUCUUCGUCAAGGGCGACGUGAUUGGUGGAGUUGAUGAGCUUAAAGCACUUGCGGAUAAACAUAUAUUAGCCGAAUGGUUAAAAGAUCAUCAGUACGAUCUGAUUGUGAUUGGUGGAGGCUCAGGAGGUCUUGCUGCUGCGAAAAUGGCAGCCAAUCUUGGAAAGAAAGUUGCCGUUCUUGACUUCGUAGUGCCUUCGCCGCAAGGUUCCAGUUGGGGAUUGGGUGGUACUUGUGUAAAUGUUGGAUGCAUUCCGAAAAAACUCAUGCACCAAGCUGCGUUGCUUGGGCAUGCUAUUAAGGAUGCAAAGAUGUAUGGAUGGAAAAUUCCCGAAGGUGAAAUCACCCACAACUGGAAGUUGCUCAGAGAUGGUGUGCAAGAUCAUAUAGCUUCACUUAAUUGGGGCUAUCGGGUACAAUUACGUGAGCGCUCGGUCACUUAUAUUAACUCAUUUGCUACCUUUUCUGGCCCGUUUGAAAUCACUGCAACUAACAAAAAAGGUGUUAAAGAAAAAAUAACAGCCGAUCGUUUCCUCAUAGCCACAGGACUUCGUCCUCGGUACCCUGAGAAUACUCCCGGUGCAAGAGAAUAUACUAUUACAAGUGAUGACGUGUUUUCACUGCCAUAUCCACCUGGAAAGACGCUUUGCAUUGGUGCUUCGUAUGUGUCACUUGAGUGUGCUGGCUUUCUGAAGGGUCUAGGGUUCGAUGUAACUGUCAUGGUACGGUCGAUUCUCUUAAGGGGAUUCGACCAGGAUAUGGCUAGUCGGAUAGGAAAGCAAAUGACUGAGUAUGGAGUGAAAUUUGUAGGGGCGGUUCCCAGCAAAUUUGAAGAGAUAGAACCGAGAUCGAAGACGAAGGCGGGAAGAAUCAUGGUCUACUGGCAGGAAACUGGGGAAGAUGGCACAAAAGUUGAGAAGAGUGAAGAGUUCAACACUGUGAUUAUGGCUAUCGGACGAGAUGCGGAGACAAAAGGUCUUGGUUUGGAGGUGAUAGAUGUUGCAAAGAAUCGAGCUGGGAAGGUGAAAGGGCGUCGUGAGCAGUCGCUGACCUGCCCAUACGUUUACGCUAUCGGAGAUGUGUUGGAAGGAGUUCCGGAGUUGACUCCUGUAGCGAUACAGGCAGGCAAAGUGUUGAUGAAACGGCUUUAUGGCGGUGGUGAUGAACUUACCGAAUAUGAUGAUGUUCCAACAACGGUGUUCACUCCGGUAGAGUAUGGCUGCUGCGGACUUUCUGAAGAGAAUGCAAAAGAGCGUUACGGGGACGACAACAUCGUUGUAUAUCACGGCGCCCUGCUUCCUUUGGAGUACACUAUUGCUGAAAGGGCUGAUAAAGAUCAUUGUUACUGCAAGCUGAUAUGCGUGAAGAACGAGAAGGACCGAGUCGUGGGUCUUCAUAUCAUGUCCCCGAGUGCAGGAGAAAUAACCCAAGGAUUUGGUCUUGCAUUCAAAUUAGGAGCAACCAAGGCCGACUUUGAGCGGCUUAUUGGAAUUCAUCCCACCGUUGCUGAGAACUUCACGACAAUUUAUUUGGUCAAAAAGGAAGGCGAGGAAGGGCCCAAGGCUUCGUCAUGCUGAGGUUAAAUCCGGUUCUUCACAAUCCACUAGAUUGCAAAUGAAGCCGUACUAACUGUUUUUGUGCGACAAACAAAAGCAAAUGUUAAUACGGUGGAUGUGAUUUGGUGGAUGCGAAGAACCUGCUGGGUUGAAGAAUUUCUGCUUUGUGACGGACUGUGGCUAAACUCUCUGAGCGCUGUUGUCCUGAUACAGAAAUUUCCGACGCCCUCCCUUUUUGAUUUAGUUUUUUUGUUAGUGCGUUGCUUUACAUAGUCUCAU